AUACAGCAGUUAAUGUAGUGUAUCGGCCUGAGCCAGAUAUUACAAUUCGAACUGAUGCAUCCAAACAAGGUUGGGGGUGUGCAGUAAAUGAUCUAGCAACUGGGGGGCUUUGGACAGUGGAAGAGCAAGAAGACCAUAUAAAUUAUCUUGAAAUGCUAGCUGUGUUGUUUGGCCUUAAAGCAUACAAGCAGUUGGUAUCUGACAAGCAUGUAAAAGUGCUUGUUGAUAAUACCACAGUUCAGGUUACACUGAAUAAGAUGGGAACUAGUCAUUCUCCCAAAUUAAAUGCUCUUGUUAAGUCCAUAUGGGACUGGUGUAUCAUACACCAUAUUUGGCUCACAGUUGCCCGUAUACCAGGGAAAGAAAAUAUUGAGGCUGACUAUGAAUCCAGAAAGUGUAGGCGAAAUACAGAAUGGUGCCUUGACAAAAAAUUGUUUCACAAAGCAUGUGAAAAACUACACUUUAUGCCCAAUAUUGAUCUUUUUGCUUCUCGGAUAAACUAUCAGGUGAAGCCAUUCUUUUCAUAUCAUCCUGAUCCAGAAGCAUUAGCAGUAAAUGCAUUCCACCAAACAUGGAGUGAUUACAAGUUCUAUGCUUUCCCCCCAUUUAGUAUAAUCAGUCGGGUUCUCCAGAAAAUUCAGAAGGAACAAUGCGAAGAACUUAUUCUUGUGCCAAAGUGGCCCACACAGACAUGGUGGCCAGUUGCUAUGAAAAUGCUUGUUCAGAAACCAGUGCUGCUUCCAAUGCAGGAAUUCACAUUAUUUCUACCCAGCAAACCAACAGAAAAGCACCCUCUCCAUCACAAAAUGUCCCUGUUGCUGUGUCACUUAUCAGGAAACAACUUGAGAACAGAGGUUUUUCGCAAACAGUUACAAACGUCAUGGAUGCAUCAUGGCGAUCAGGUACGCGUAAGCAGUAUGAAUGCUAUUUAUCCAAAUGGGAACUAUACUGUAGUGAACGGAAAAUCGAUCCCUUUUAUCCAGCUCUAGAAGAUGGAAUUAAUUUUCUGGGGGAAUUGUACGACCAAGGGACAGGAUAUAGUGGAUUAAAUACUGCUAGAAGUGCUCUAUCAUCUAUCAUUGUGUCAACAAAUAAUGG